UUAUUCAACUGUUUCGCGUCGGAUGGGACGGAUCGAGUCGAAAUCGAAACCACGUUCUCUUGCCUACCCAGACGCGUCGAGCGAGGUAAAGAAUGUUUAACGGUCAACGGAGGUAGCAAUACGAAACAUCGUGAAACGACGCGUCGCGCCACCGAAUCUCGUUCUGGGAAUCAGUCUAGAACGGUGAAUUAAUUGAAUGAGGUGAUCGCAGCUGAAAGUUAUAAAUUUCUUCAAGUAGUGAAAUAAAGAAUGAGUGCUUUGUGAUAGUGAUAUGGCGGGACAGAAAUUCUUUCAUGGCCUCACCGAGGCCAUGAUCAAUCGAGCAUCGGAUCGACCAGAUCGUCAGAAAUCCAGCUUUUACUGGCCGGAUGAGUACAUGCAGGAACCAGAAGAAACGUACAAAACUUCCAGCCGCCGCCAAUCGACGGCAUCGUCGGUAGUAUCAACGCCCACCCAGGGAUGUGCCAGUCCUGCCAGUGAGUACGAGUCGGCCGAUGUUCUGAAACAGCGCCACAAAAACAAUGCCGAGUCGCACAUCUCGUUCUACGACGAGUGUGAUUCCUCCUUCUCAGAAAUCGCACGCGAUCGCCAGCGAGAGAAGUUAAGAAUAGAACAAUUUCUCCGCGAGCAAAGCGACGACGUUAGUGAAAUGGCCAAAACGCGCCGUCAGAACACUCUGAAAUCAAGAAUUCAGUUCUACGAUUUCGCUGAACCAGGAGACCGAUCGCCGCCAAAGUCCGUGUCCCCCACUAAACCAUUCACAAACGGACACCAUCCACCACAAACCCCAGAGCAAGCAGAGCCAAGCCGCUACAGUCCCAUGUCCAAUGGGGGUGGCAGCGUCGACCGCUCCCGCAGGCAACUCUCCUCGCCGGGAGGAUCGUUCGAGUACCACUACUCGGCACGCUACACCGGAAGCUACGACGACUUCGAGGACGACGACCGGAGCUACAAAUCAACAGAGUUGAAUUUCAGCCCGCCGGGAACGCCCUCGGGCGACGUUCCGGAACACAAACGCAACUCGCAGCGCCACUUGCAAUCGAGCAUCAAUUUUUGCAACGGCGUCGCAGUUGCCGACGAUGACGAGGCGCCGCGCAAAACUGUUAGCGUGCGGGAGGCGGCCGCCACGCAGCGCGUGGGAGUCGGAUUACCAAAUCUGUAGCAUUCGAUGUGUGAGGAGGGGAGAAUGUUUGUUGCGGGGGGCGGGGACGAAGGAAGAGUGCAAUGAAACGAGUGAGACACAAUGAAAAGUGAAUAUUCUUGAGAUCAACCUACCUACUAAAGUUAGAGAAGUUCUGAACGUCUUUGGAGUGGAAGUGUGUUGGUGUGUUGAUUUACAACUGGCCCGAAUAUUUAGCAGCGAAGAAUGGACGACAUGUGUUUAUGGUGUUUACCCGCGGAAGUGUCCCCGCAGCGGACGCCCAGAGACGAGAGAUUGGCUGUUUAUGGAGAACAACGGCAUCAUUCGCAUCGGCCUCCAAAAGCAGUCAACGGCCAACACAAACCAGACACCGUAGAUACAGCAACCUUUCGAGCUGACACCCGAUCAAUGGACGUGUAUUACUCUCCGCAGUGUAAUAAUAAUGUACCACGCCCGGUUAAUUUACAAACUGAAUUAUACAUCACAAUUGUCCCAGAUUGGUGCUUUCUGAUGGGACUGCUGCGCGCCAAAUAAGUAUGACAAGUCAACCCGAACAUAAAGAACACACCACAAAACAGAGCCCUCUAAAUUAAGCUUUUCAAUACCUGAUCCGGUCGCAUUAACGAUUAUUUAUAGCAAACAGACGCACACACGAUCAAUUAACGGCUGCUGCAAAAAGAGAAUAUAAAGUAACAAACAAUAAAUGGUGAUAAAUUAUUCAUCGAUCCGAA